AAUCGUUCACCAUAUCAUGAUCCAAGAACAUGGAAAAUGACACCAGCCAUGAUAAGGGCUAGAAGACCAUAUUUCUGGAAAAAUGCAACUGCUUUUGUUGUAUUAUCAGGUAUCACUGUUGGUAUCUAUUUAUACACUUACAGUUUCUUGGGUCAAGAUGAUUUUGAAGAUGUUCCAAUUCCACCAAUCUCUGAGGCUGAAUUAGUUAAAUUAAAGAAAGAAUAUGAAGCAUCCAAGAAAAGCCAAUAG